AUGGGAUCAAAAUUAGUUUAUGUUCUUGAACAUGAAUACUCUGAUACCAACAGAUGUUUUUUAAAUUUAAAGGGAAAAGAUAAAUCAAUUGGUUAUUUAUUUUCAGAUAUUGCUCAAUCAAAAGAUCUCGACUAUAUGGUAUUUUUGGCAAGUGUUGAUAUUUUGCAAAUCGAAGAAAUUAUUGGAGCUGCAUGUUAUUACGACAGAAUGGAAUAUACCCAAAGAACCUGUGAAUUUAGUGGCUUUAUUGAUGGAUGUUAUGACAGUCCUGCAUCAAUUAAACUAAAGGAGUCUUGUAAGAGCUUUGAAGAUUUUUUACCAUAUGGUUCAUUAGAUACAAUCAAUGCAUACGAUAGUUAUCAAUCCGGGGAAUAUACAGGUAAUCAAGCUGCAAAUGAAGAGUCUAAAUUUAGAACAAGUGUUUUAUUAAUUUGCAAAAAGAGUGAACUAUCCAAGGUAUUCAAAAAUUCAACAAGCUGGUUAGUCGAUUUUACAAAAAAACAAUUUGAUUCUUUACAACUUGAAGACACCCAAGAGUCUGCAAAUCAAGUCUUAAAAUGUAUAAAGUGUUUAGAUCCAAACAUUUUAUCAAUUCCACAAGAUCUUGAAAUCAAAAUUAAACAAAAAAUGCCAAAUCAAAUGGAAUACAUCAAACAUCAAAAAAAUAUUCAAUUUGAUUCAAAAGAAUUUAUCCAAAAUUUAAAAAUAGUCUUAGAAACAAAUAUCUAUACCAAAAAAGAAAUUGAAAGUAAGGUAUUAUUAUUCAAAAGUAAUAAAGCAAAUGAUUACUUUACAGUCUUAAAUGAAUUCUUAUUACCACUUUCUUUAGAAUAUCCAAAUAUUAUUACUACUGAUCUAAUUAUCAAAUUCAAUGAAUUAUUUAAAGAUAUGCUUAGAAAUGUAUUAUUUUAA